UAACUUCAGUUCAACCAUGAGAAGUUUAUCAUCAUUUUUCAUUUUGUGUAUUGUCUUAUCCAUCAAUGGAAUGAUGUAUAGCAAGCUUGUUUGGUCACACAACCGAACCUUCCUACUUCACUACGGAGCUGCAUCGAUUGAUACACCAGUCAGAUUUUAUAUUUCAGUUACGAAUCACUCUGAAUCAAAUGACACAUCUUAUGAAUAUCGGUUCACAUUUGACGAGUUUCCUCAACAUGAUAAAACCAUCGUCUCGACUGAAGGUGAUACCAUGUACUCAGUGCAAUUUGCAUCCACUUGUGAACCAAAAGAGGGCAACUAUACAGUGCGAGUUGAUGUAUGGGAAUGUCAACUCGGUGUCCAAACUCUUUCGAUAGGAGCUGUUAAUUCUUCUUUCGAGCUUUUCGAAUGUAACUAUAUUGAGAUGGGAGACGAUGGCCCUGUUACCUUCGAUGCCCCAAUCACCUUCUCAGUGUUUAAUCGUCAUAGAGUGGAUGAUCCAUCAUAUGAAUAUCGGUUUGCAUUCGACCAAUUUCCUCAACACGAUAAAACCAUCGUCUCAACUUCACGCUCAGUUGAAUAUUCAUUAACAUUUGAAUCUUCUUCAACAUCGAAAUCUGGUAACUAUACAGUGAAAGUUGAUAUUUGGUUCCUUAGAGUUCCUUCUUAUUCCUUGGGAACUGUUCUUAAUACUUUCGAGCUUUCAGACUCACUCAUUGGAUUUAUAGACAAAGACCAAAAUCAUUUUUAUGUACUUCCGAUGGAUAAUUUAGUGGUCACUGUAAUGCCAGUUAAACUAACUGCUGAAAUUCGUGAUCCUACUGGGUUUUUCACCGGACGAUGUGGAAUCCCACCAGCCAAUGUAACUUAUAAAUGGAUUGUUAAUGAUGAGGUUCAAGAGGGGAACUCUAAGGUUAUUGAACGCACUUUUUCCCAGCCUCAACUGAACAACAUCUCAGUGAUUAUUACAGCAACUAAAACCAAUGGAAGUCGUACCAUACAAAAAUCUGGUACAUUCAACAUCUCUCUAAAAAGCAAGCAUCCAAUGAAUAAUUUAACUUUUGAUGGUCCCACCGAAGUUAAAGUGUUUGAAAGACAUCAACUGGACUUCAAAAUUCACGGAGGAACACCUCCAUUUCAUUAUAAAUAUUUUCUUAGGAUGGAUGAACCUAACACUGAUGUAGCCGUUGCUCGCGACAUAAAUGAAAGUUAUUUCUCGAUAAUUAAUUAUUUCAGCGAAAAAGGAACAAUAGAUUUACAUAUUGUUCUUAGAAAUGAGGUAUCGACAAUUAGCGAGAGAGUUACUAUUAAAGUUCAUUAA